CUCUUGCUAAAGUUUGGAAGAAUGGAACUUGUGUUAAAUGAAGACGUGAGCUUUGCAGUCAGAUCUAAAUCUCUGACUCUUAACAGGGACAACAAUGGACACCCAGAAGGACGUUCAACCCCCAAAGCAGCAGCCAAUGAUAUAUAUCUGUGGAGAAUGUCACACAGAAAAUGAAAUAAAAUCAAGGGAUCCAAUCCGUUGCAGAGAAUGUGGAUACAGAAUAAUGUACAAGAAAAGGACUAAAAGACUGGUGGUUUUUGAUGCUCGAUGAAACAUGAAAUUCAGAGGAAUGUCUUCAUUUGGAUUUGGAUUUGCUAUUAAUGUUGUCGUAUAGCUUUUGAUUAGUGUACUUUAUGAAUAUAACUAUAUACACAUGAUUUCAUUUUAAAAACCAUAUUGUAUUUAGGUAUCUAUUAAUAGCUUAUAUAAAGAUAUUUUUGUUCAGUUACAUGGUUUGUACUUUAAUUUUAUCGUAUAUGUAAUCUGACACACAAUGAAGGUUAAAAGUGCUUCUCCAAACUACACUUUAAUCAAAACCUAGAAUCAUCUGGGGCCCUUGUUAAAAAUGAAGUUUGCUAGGGCCCUCUAAAGGUCUGAUUAAGUAAGUUCCUAGGAAACCACUGUUUUACAUCACCAAUUGUUUGUAAACUCUCCAGCCUCAUUUUGUAUAGAGUAUACCAAUGCACUUACUGUCAGUGUGCAUACCUCAUUUUGAGUUCUAAUUUUCAUUUGUUAACUUGGCAUAGGCCUUUCUGUAUUUGUAUAUAAUGCUUGACUGUUUUUUAAAUCUUCAGCAAGGGAAAAGAAACUUUAAUGGUUGCUUUCUCUAAGGCAAAAUCAACCCCAAGUAAAGUGGAUGAAGCAGACUAUUAAGGCAGGUGCAGUUUCCCAGGUGUAAUCAUUCAUUAAGGUAAAAAACUCUGCUUCCAGGAUAUAGAAAAAAUAGGAGUUGGUUUACACUGAACUGGAUGAAUGUUUAAAGCUUUUGCCUUGAUCUUAGGGAUAUGGAUGCUCAGAUGCUCCAUCUGUUCCAGGAUUCGAUUAGAUAUAUUUCAACUUUGUUAAUAGCUUUGUGUGUCUCGCACAUUCAAAGUAUUAACUGUGCAACUGUGCCGUUUAAAAAAGAAAACAAAACAUUGUUUCUACUACCAUCCUCAAAUAUUAAGUUCUGUAAAUUUAUUAUGUGCUAUACAAAGUACUACCAUACUCAAGAUUUUUAAAGAGUGCUUCCUUGGUCCAGGUUUUCCUGGACUGUGGCUUUCAUAAUUUUGUAAUUCUGCCAUGUUCCUUCUUGAGCUUGUCCUUUUUGUACAAGAGUCCCAAUAAAUAUCUCUUUACGACAGGCUUCUAAACCAUAA